AUGGAUACGAACAAAACUGUGAAUACGUCCCAUUCAGUCAUUCACCCGACGCAUUCACCUCCGCUUCAUCAAACUCAACAUGCAAAUUGCGCCUCCGGCGAGAGAACGUGCGAGAACGAAAGGGGCACCGCCGCCGCCCCGUGCGGUGGCCUCCCACGCGCGUCCUGUUUACAUCUCCUCUCCUCCUGUGCUGUCCGCGGGCGACGGCGGCGCGGCGCCGGUAAAGCAAAAGGCACAGGCCUGCUCACACUACGCGCACGCAUUUCAGCGGGCCCGCCGAAUGCCGAGAGGAACAACACACAAAGCGGCCCCGAGAAGGCAUAG